AUGUCCAGCACGGAAGAGAUUGGCAAGAAAGCAGAUCUAGGUCCGGAAUACCAGCGCGUGCUACCCGAGGCUCAAGCCGUAGCAGCGAGUGGCGAUGUCGAGCGCGGAUGUGAGAUGUUGUUAGUGCUUGAGAAGCAAGCACGGCUGGCCAACGACGUCGCGACGCUUAAGACAGUAGUGGACUCCAUCUUGACUCUUUGUGCACAGCACAAGCGCUGGGAAAUGCUCAAAGAUCAUGUUGCACUGCUGACUAAGCGUCGUGCGCAAAAAUCAUCUGCUAUUACUGUCGUGGUACAGCGUGCCAUGGAAUUGUUAGCUGAGACACCGUCUGACGCUGUCAAAAUGGAACUCAUCAAUGCGCUACGUACUGUUGCCGAGGGCAAGAUCUUUUUGGAAAAAGAGCGUGCUACGCUUACUCAGAUGCUGUCACGCAUGAAGGAGGAUCGAGGCGAGAUCGACGAGGCCGCCACUAUUCUGCAGGAAGUGCACGUUGAGACGUUCGGUGCCAUGACAAAACUAGAAAAGACCGAGUAUAUCUUGGAACAGGUGCGGCUUACACUGGCCAAGAAGGAUUAUGUACGUGCCAACAUCUUGGCAAAGAAGAUCUUACGUCGUACGUUAGAAGAGAAGGACUUUCAGGACUGCAAACUCAAGUUCUAUCAUCUGAUGAUCGAGUAUGACACGCACGAGAACAAUACGUUGGAGCUAUGUCGCCAUUGGAUGGCGAUCUACAAUACGGACAUAGUGAAGGAGAACGAAGACAUGUGGAAAAAAGCUUUAGAACAUGCUACUAUUUUUGUCGUGUUAUCGGCCUAUUCGAAUCUUCAAAACGAUUUAUUACACACGUUGGCUAAAGAGAAGCGGACUGAGAAGGUGCCAGAUUUUGCGGCCGUGCUCAAAGUAUUUACCACGCGAGAAAUCAUCGCGUAUCCAAUGGAGCAAGACGGUGUGCUUAAAAGUCAUCCGAUUUUUAAUGAUGUAGAACGUGGUGCCGAAUGGUGGAAAACACUUCAUACGCGUAUAGUUGAACACAAUAUUCGAGUGGUAGCCGAGCACUACGAGCGAAUUCGCCUGCCUCACUUGGCUAACAUGAUUGGACUGUCGGAAGACUUGACGGAGAGAAGUAUAUCAACUUUGGUGAGCGACGGGUCUAUUUAUGCUAAGAUCGAUCGUCCGGCCAAGCUUGUAUCCUUUCUUAGACCUCUAUCACCAGAAGAGCAUUUGUCGAAUUGGUCAGCGGAUAUUUCUCAGCUGCUACGUUUAGUGGAGACGACGUGUCACUUAGUCAACAAGGAAAACAUGAUCCACAAAAUCUAA